UUCGUGGCGGCGGGAGCGGCCAACAUGACCAUAUUCCGGCGCAACCGGCGGCAGAGCUACAAGUUCCUGUUCAGCGCGCUGCUGAUGGUGUUUUGCGCGGCACGCGUGGUCGCGCUGGCGCUGCGGAUCGCGUGGGCGGCGGCGGAGUCGGCGGCGGCAUCCCGCCCGGCUGACGCGACCUCCGUAGUGCGCCUUGCCAUCGCGGCGCAGAUCUUCGCCGCCGCCGGCGUCCUGCUCCUUUUUGUGACAAAUCUCGUCUUUGCGCAGCGCGUUGUCCGCGCCUACCACCCUUUGUUCGGGUGGAGCAAGAGCGUCACGGCCCUGUUCGGGGUCCUCUUCGCCAGCGCCGCCGUCGUCCUCGUCCUGGUCGUCACCUUCACGGUGAUGGGCUUCUUCAUCGCCCCGCCUCCGCCGUCCGGCGGCGCGGCUGCUGCUGCUGGCGGUAGUGGCGGCGGCGGUAGUAGUGAUGAUAGCGAUGAUGACGGUAAGAGAGAGCUGGUGAGGAAAGUGCAGUUGGUGUGCGCGACGUACCUGGCCGUCUACGCCUUCUUACCCGUGCCGCUGGUGACGCUGGCGGUCGUGGUGCCGAGGAAGACGAGAAUUGACAAGUUCGGCGAGGGCCACUUCAGGACCAAGUUCACGUUGUUGACCUUCACGGCGACGCUGCUGGCGGUCGGGGCCACGUUCCGGGCGGCGGUCGCCUUCUCUACCCGGCCCGCGGACCAGCCAGCGUGGUUCCACAGCCGGACGUGCUACUACUGCUUUGACUACGUCGUGGAACUGGUGGUGGUCUUUACUUACGCCUUGUCGAGGUUCGACAGGCGCUUCCACAUCCCCGACGGGAGCUCGGCCCCGGGGCACUACUCGCGUGCCGAAAUGGCCAUGGCAGACAACGCGGUAGUGUUGCGCGCAGACUUUGAAAGAAAUAGGAGAGGGAGGGCAAAGAAGGGCAGGAGGAGGAAGAGGGGGGGGACUUGGUGGACCAAGGGCAAGGGGCGGGCAGACCUCCCGGAGCAGAGCUGUGCCAUGGAGGGACCGCCGAACGAGCUGUGGCCAGCGGCGACCCGGCAGAGCAAUCGGAGCCUGCCGAGUAUCAUCGGGCCCGCGAGCAGCCUGUAUGAUGACGACGACGGUGGGAGCCAGUGCAGUCAUGUCAGAAAGGCGAACAUGGAAUGGAUGGACAAGGCUUUGGUCAGUCUCUCUCCCCCAUGCCCCGUUUCCAAUUGUGUUGGUAUUGAACAGAAAAUUAGGAGAGAGAAAGAGAAGAUGAGAAAGGAAACCGAGGGCUAACGGAUAAUUCAACCCACAGCGAGAGUUGUACGGGGAUGACGAAGAGGUGAGGAGACGCCGUAGGCAGGAGGGAGGGUUUUUGUCCUGCGUCAAACUCGGCGGGUUGAG